UCUGAGAACGGAAAUGGAGGACAAACAAGAGAAGGAUGGCAGAGAAGGAGGAGACGAUCUCCCUAUGAUGUCACUGAACCAUGUAUCGAGGCGCUGCAAAUCGGUGAAGGAUUCGGUGGAGUUCUACAAGAAAGCACUGGGAUUCGUGUUAAUCGAGCGGCCACAGGCGUUUGAUUUCGACGGAGCUUGGCUGUUCAAUUAUGGAAUUGGAAUUCAUCUGAUUCAGGGGAAGGAUGAAGACAAGUUACCUAAUGACGAUGGAUUAGAUCCAAUGGACAAUCACAUAUCCUUUCAGUGCGAGGAUAUGGGAGCAAUGGAGCAGAAAUUGAAGGAUUUAGGGAUCAAGUAUAUAAAGAGAACCGUGGGAGGGGAGGAAGACGGAGUGAUUGACCAAUUGUUUUUCAAUGAUCCAGAUGGGUUCAUGAUUGAGAUCUGUAACUGUGAGAACGUGAAGCUGAAGCCAAAAGGUUCUAUUGGCCGGAUUAAGCUACCGUAUGAUCGGCAUAAUCCUCCGGUGGAGCUUGGUUCGACUGCUGCUAAAGCCAGCUGAGAUCAUUCGCGUCGCCAUUACACUUGGUUGCUAUUUAUUUGGUUUGUUUCGUACUUGGUGUCAUUGCAGCAUUUCAAAGAUAAUAUCUUACUCCUCCAUUGUCUUCUUUGUUUCCUCAAGUGUCGAGUUUUACGGACUGUUCAGAUAGUUAUAUAUGAUGUUUGAUGGUGGCU